AUGGUGUCUCCCCUCGUCAAACCCAGGAUCGUCAAAAAGAGAACAAAGAGGUUCAUCAGGCAUCAGUCCGACAGGUACUCCAAGCUCUCCAAGAGCAGCUGGAGGAAACCCAAGGGAAUUGACAACAGGGUCAGGAGACGUUUCAAGGGACAGUUCUUGAUGCCCAGCAUCGGAUAUGGCUCCAACAAGAACACAAGGCACCUCAUGCCCGACGGUUUCCUUAAAUUCGUCGUUCACAACGUACCAGAUCUCGAACUUCUGUUGAUGCAGAACAAGAAAUACGCAGCAGAGAUUGCCCAUGAUGUCAGCGCCAAGAAGAGGAAAGAUAUCGUCGAGCGAGCACAACAGCUUAACAUCAAAGUCACCAACUGGCAAGCAAAAUUGAGAUCCGAAGAAGAUAAUUAA